CACAAGCGUGUCACCCGCGUGUAGCUUUAUUAUGCCACCACAAAGUAGUCCACAGGUGGCUUUGUCGAUAGUGGACCAAGCUAUUUUUCACAGCACUGAAAAUCUCUAUAUAAGCACUAGCUCACUUCAUGUUCUCUUCCAAUUUCACCCAUCCUUGCGACUUUGAUCCUCCGAAUGUCCCCCGCUACUGAUACUCGAUCUCGUACUGGAGGCGCCAACUAUGACGAACCGGCUGACACAGCGGUCAAGUGCUCCAUAAUGAACGACAGUAGCUCGCGCGCGAAAGGUACUACUCUCCGACGCUUCAAAAAAGAGGAAGGUGUAAUCUACCACAUUCCAUCAAGUUCCGAUCUAGCAAGUCUUUUCGCAUUAGACGAGAGUAAACCCCUCUUGGUGAACCCUCCUACUCUCAACAAGAAGUCCUCUUCCCCGUCGAUUGACACAAUCCGUCCCCUCCGAGCCGUUCGUCGACUCUUGUGCACAUCUGAGACAGUGGCUCCUCCCAAGACAACUUACGAACAUGCAGUCGAGAGCUCUACUUCAUCUCCGACAAAGUCACCUUCAAAGAAAUCAGGUGCUCGCAAACUCCGCCAAUCAACGUCUUCGAGAGUGGAAGAUGGUGCGGAAACGGACAUUGCAAGCAUUACUUCUCGCAUUCUCCAGCGUCUCACUAUCCUCCAAGUUCCCUUCGAUCUCGACGAUGUCGGAGAACCAGUGCCCAUUUCACAAACCACGGUCGACGCUACGCCAGUGAAGUAUGGCUUAGAAGACCUUAACAUGAAGAUCCGCCGCCACGAACGCCACGUCACGACAUGGGACGCGCCCGACUGCGCGUUCUUCAUCUUCCCAGCACAACUUCUGAUUGCAUGUACCUCUAAAAAUGAUUUCGACCCCCUGGCUAUUCCAGACGUCACAAUUGUCGAUCUCGUCUGCACCACGGUGGCGAUGAAUGGCCCUUACAAGUCUCACCCUCAAAUCGCGUUCAGGACAUUCUAUGAUGGCGCCACGAUACGCUACGUGAAAGAUGAACCCACACCCGAUCUGUCUCGAGGCAUUCAUAUUGGAAAUGUCCCAUGGUGUUCCAUGGACGGGGAUGGUCAUUUCGGGUGGUACAUGCGCUUCUGGAUUCCAAUACCGUUCGCACUCUUUCAACGAGCGGAGACGAGGACUUUCAAGAUAGAUGCCAAGGUACACGUUAAUGGAAAGGAUGGUAAAGACGGGUUUUUAAACGCUUCGACUGAUUUCACGUUGUCGAGGUUGCGGAGAGGUUUGGCGAUGUAAAUAUAGAAUCAUAUGAAUGUCACCUUGUGCUAGUACUGAUAUCUAUAAAAUUUGAC